AUGGCGGAUGUAGUAGAUGCGAUGGAGAGAAGGAAAGCGUUAACCAUCUGCUGUUUCAGUGUCAUUAUGCUAGACAAAUCUGGGCUGAAGCAAACAUUCAUGUUCCCCCAGGAGAAAGAGUACCCUACCGAGGAAGUGGAGGAAGGAUUUGUUCCAUGGUUGUUAUGGAGAAUCUGGAAGAACAGGAAUGAAUUUGUGUUUAGAGGCACAGAUUAUAUGGCUCAGGCCACAACCAGAAAAGCUUGGGAGGAUGCAGUAGCAUGGAGAGAUAGAGUUGAGGUUGAAAUUGAGGAGGUUAAAAGACCUGCAGCAGAAGCACCAAUAGUGAAAUGGAAACCACCAGAUUCUUUGAAGUUCAAGUGUAACACUGAUGGAGCAUGGACUAAGGAAUCAGAAUUGGGAGGUGUGGGGUGGAUAUUGAGAGAUCAUCAUGGUCUUCUGGUGUGGGCAGGGGCGAGAAAAAUGACUGGGUUGAGAUCGGCAAUUGAAGCAGAAGCGGAAGCAUUGAGAUGGGCCUCUCAAACACUGGCUGGAUUUGGAUACAAGGAGGUAACAUUUGAAUCUGACUCUCUACAAUUAGUAAAGAUGUUGAAAGGAGAAGAGAAAUGGUGGACAGUGUUGGAGCCUAUCCUACAAGAUAUUGUCAUUUCACUCUCAGUUAUUGCAGGGUGGAAAGUUCAGUUUGUCCCAAGAGAUGGUAAUAAAUCAGCAGAUAGAAUAGCAAAGGAGACUUCUACAUUCAUGUCCUUUGUCCCUAAGCUUUAUUCUAUGAUGCCUUUGUGGUUAAGUUCUUGUUUACAGGCUGAUAAGCCAUUUGUAAGACAAUGA